UAUUCGCCUCAAAAGUAUUAAACAGUUGAACUUUAACUGUUUACAAAACUAAACGCGAACAUUACAAAAAAAUAUAUAUAAUAAAAAACAUUAAACAAUUACUUAUUGUCAAACGCAUUAGUGGAAAUUUAUAAGCGCUUGCGCAGCGCAUCGGUUGUAAUUUGAAAAUAUUGAAAAAUAAGUUUUUGGCAAAGCAAAAUAACACGCACAUUUUAAAUAUUUUAAGAAUCCAAAAAAGUGAAAUAAAUAACUUAAUAAUGCAGUCAUUUAACCUUUUGCGUUUCAAUAUUUGGCAUUUAAGACUAUUGGGUCUGGUGUAUUUUUUGAGUUUUGUAAAUAGUUCAACAAGUAUUGAAUAUUUUAAAGAACAACCCUCCUACUUAAAACCAUGUAAAAUUUAUCAGCCCGGGUUUACAGAAUGUUCAACUGAAAAUACCCAGAGAUUAUUAACACAGCUAGGAAAGGGUGUUCCAGAAAUAAAUGAAAUUAUUGGUUCAAUUGAUCCUAUAAAAUUAAAAGAAAUUAAUUUUAAACAGGAUAAUACAGAAGCUGCUUCACUGAGAGCUGAUCUAAGCGAUUUAACAGCUACAGGAAUUAAAGGUUUGGUUAUAAAGGAAAGCAAAGUGAGCAAAAAAGAUUUCAGUUGGUUGACCAAAAUUUUCAUACCCAAAUUCAAACUAGAAGGCCAUUAUAAAAUGGAUGGUCGUGUGUUGCUUUUGCCUUUAAAUGGCGAAGGACAUUUCGUUAUUGAAAUUGAUGACAUGAAUAUUAUUAUGCGCACAAAGACACAUCUUAUUGAAAAAGGUGGUUUUACCUUUUACAACAUUACCAGCAUUAAAGUAGAUCUGGAAAUAUCAAAACUUCGUACACAAUUCGAUGAUCUAUUUGGUGGCAACAAUAAAGAAAUCGAACGUAGCACUAAUGAAUCGUUUAAUAAGAAUUGGAAAGAAUUCUUUGAGGCGCUGAGACCACUUAUUAAUGAAACGGUUGAAAGAGUACUAUUCGAUAUUUUACAUCCGGUAUUUUCAAUAAUACCAGCUAAUUUUAUGAUCGAAGAUAUACCUAGUCCUGCGAAGUUUUAUGGUAGUAAGCAAUGAGAGAUAUUUAUAAGAUAAUUGUUAAUAUUAGUGAAUAAGUGAUAUUAAAUUAAUUUUUAUUUUUUUUUUUCUAAAAGGAAAUAAAGUAUUCUCAUAAAUCUCAGCGGACAAACAAAUCAAUUGUAAAUUUUUAAAAUAUUUAUUUUAACAUACAUUCAAAAUUAUGUAUAUUGAUUAUGUAAAUCGAAAUAUCGGUUAUGGAACCAAUAUUCUCUAAUAAUAAGCUUUGUUUGUAGUUAAAAAUGGAUAAUAACAAUUCACGAUUAAAAAUUAUGCAUUAUUAAGUUUUAUUCAAAAAUAACAUUUCACAAAAUCG